UUUAGUUUACAAUUAAUUGUGCCACGUUGGAUUCCAAAACACCAACGAUUAGAUGCAGCAAAUGAAUAUAUACACUUUGGUCAACGUUUCAAAGAGAUUACAAAUAAUGAUUUCGUCAAUAAAUUGCUUUUUUAUAGGAAAGUUUGGGGUCUUAUACAUACUGCUAUAAACAAAUGCAUGUUAUAUCACGAUAAUGAAUUUGUUUUAUUAAUUAAAGAUUAUUUGAAUAAGAUUCGUGAUGAAAAGGAAGAAUUGAUCAGAAUACAAAAAAAUACAACAGAAACUUCAACUAGUCAAAAUGUUAUUGAAAAUACAGAAGUUAAUACAAUUCAACUUGAGAAUCCUUGA